AAGGACGUUCCCAAUCUUUCCCUCCUCAUCAAUUUCUUGGAACACUGAACCUAUUUCAUAGAAACCACGACAACAGCAGCAACAACAACAAGAACAGCAAAUCAAGCUAGUAGCUACUAACUAAACAACAGAAUGAACAUUGCAACAAAGACAUCCAGAGCCGUGAGGAUCUUGGGAGGGCGGCGCCUUGGAACCAAGCUGUCGUCCACUGUGAGAACACCGCACUACCUCCUUUUGGCACCCUUCUCGUCGGCGCCCAUGGAUCGUUUGGUGGGUGGUGUCAUGGACAAGGAGUUUCCAGGGUACUUUGAUUCCCUUCGUCUUCCGACCGGAACUGUGCUCGAUGUUCGUGAUCAUCGUAAGGAUCUUGACAAUGCUCUCGCGGAGGAAGCUGGUCGGUUGACAUGUGACAAGGUCCGAAAGCUCAUCGAACAGAAUCAUGCCGUCGAUGAGUGUGUGGUGAUUGAUAUCAAUGUGGAACAGCAUGGAGAAAUUCCAGUGGCGUUUGUGGUCAAAAAGUUUGGAAGUGAAGGAUGCGAUGAAGAACUGCACAAGCAGUUGAUUGACAGUCUUCGCUAUACGAUUGGUCAUGCCGGUCGUCAUGAAGAGCUGGAGAAGGAUUUGAUUGCCAAGCUGAAUGCCAUCUGGGAGGAAGAUGGCGAAAUCAAGGAUGAUUUGAUCCGCGAUGAGUUGGUCAAUAUGGUGCGAGAUGAAUUUGGCCCCUAUGCCAUUCUCAAAGUGGUGAUUGUGGAUGCCCUGCCGAAAACGAUUUGUGGCAGGAUUCUGCGAGGAACACUCUAUAAAAUUGCACGGGGACAAGAAUACAGCAUCACUCCCAUGAUUGAAGACAGACAAGUGUUAAAGCGAUUGGAGGUGGAGAUACAAGCACUCUUGGGUGCACAGUACCAAGAUGAAUGAAUGAAGAGGAUGCAUUAUCUAGCUCCUACCGGUCACAGCACCGAUAGAGUUACAUGUUGCACAUGCGUAUUGAUUGGACCAAUAAAACAACUAGUAAUUAUAAAGCGCUCGUUCCUUGCAAACUUGGCUGAAUCCGAAAACGAAGUGCAUG